AUGACAACAACAAUAUCAAACCUUCACUCAUCAACUGUUAAUGAAUCUCAAAAUCAAUCGAGAAAAGCCGAUCGCAGUUUACUUCGAAUGACUCUAGUUCAAGUUUGUCUUCUUCGAAGUUUGACUGUUCCUCAAGCAACUCAAAGAUUAUAUACAGUUUUUGCUGAUUCAUCUUAUGCCCAAUUACAAGCAACAAUCGAUAUGUUUAUUUAUAAUAUUGGUCUUUUAUUAACCUAUUUAGCAAGUGCAAUUCAAUUUUUAUAUUUUUACAUUAACUGGAGGAAGCCUUUUAGACAAGCUUUAUUUGAUCGAAUUAAAUCGAUUUUCAAUAUUAUAGAAACUUAUGUCGCAAAUGAUUCAACAGAUUUCUUGAUGUGA